AAUAUAUCCUCAGUCCUCUCGAUAUCCACCAUUCAACCAUAUCGAAAUUUUGGUCUUACAAAUCCCACCUUGACAUUAUCAUCAUAAUGUGAUUACAUUCUCAUAAUAAAAUUAAGAACAAAUUUUUAAAGAUGGAGUUUACGGCUGCGACAUUAGGCAUCAUGUGGUUAUUAUUUUUCCCAAUCUUGGGGUGUAAAGCUCAUGAAGGUGCUGGCGGUGGUGGUCCGUCUAAUUUUGCACCAAGUUGGAUGACUGGUUUUCAAAGAGGACCGGAAACUGGUGGCACGUUAUAUGGUGUUCCAAGUCCCUCGCCGCCUUCCCAUAUAGGUCCACAGCCUUCAGAUCCACAGCCUUCGACGACGCCUCACCCUUCAGAUCCACAGCCUUGUACGACGCCUCACCCUACAGAUCCACAGCCUUCAACGACGCCUCACCCUUCAGAUCCACAGCCUUCGACGACGCCUCACCCUUCAGAUCCAACAGGGCCUCACCCUUCAGGUCCUGAUGCAUCACAGCCUUCAACUACUCCAGCAGCAUCACAGCCUCCAGCUAAGAUAGUAAAGGCCUUGCAUAAGGAUGAAAUGUAAAGUUUGAGGAGUCCUGUAUAUUUAAAUUUUGUAAAUUCUUCCAUGUAAUCUUGUAUUGUGAGAAGAUACAAGAGUAAGUUUUCCUUGUUAAUAUUAAUUAUUUUAAUAUCUUAUGAAUCACAGUGCUG